CCUCACUGGGUCCUUCAGGCGCCGCGGGCAGCCGUCAGCUCCUCUCCUCUGAUUGGUCGACGAGGGUUCCCGUUCCCUGCAGUGCGAGGCUGGUCUACCGAGAGGAGAAGAACUGCAGCGAACAUUACCCCAACCCGAGCAACAUGUCUGACGCAAAGAUGGUGGAGGACCGGUCUGAAAGGUCCGAUGGGAAGAUCGUGAAGAUGGAGGUUGACUACAGUUCAACUGUGGACCAGCGCCUCCCGGAGUGCGAGAAAAUGGCUAAAGAGGGCAAGCUGCAGGAGGCCAUCGAGAGCUUGUUGUCAUUGGAGAAGCAAACCAGGACGGCAUCAGACAUGGUGUCCACUUCCAGAAUCCUUGUGGCUGUGGUCCAGAUGUGUUACGAAGCCAAGGACUGGGAUGCCCUGAAUGAAAACAUCAUGUUGCUCACCAAAAGGAGGAGUCAGCUGAAACAGGCCGUCGCCAAGAUGGUUCAAGAAUGCUACAAGUAUGUGGAUACUGUGACCGAUCAGCCCAUCAAGCUGAGACUCAUCGACACACUUCGCACCGUGACUGCUGGCAAGAUCUAUGUAGAGAUUGAGCGUGCCAGGCUGACCAAGACCUUGGCCAAUAUCAAGGAGGAGAGCGGAGACGUCAAAGAGGCGGCUGCCAUUCUUCAGGAGCUUCAGGUGGAGACAUAUGGCUCCAUGGAGAAAAAGGAGAAGGUGGAGUUCAUCUUGGAACAGAUGAGGCUUUGCAUUGCAGUCAAGGAUUACGUUCGCACCCAGAUCAUCAGCAAGAAGAUAAACACCAAAUUCUUCCAAGAGGCGGGCACUGAGGAGUCCAAGCUGAAGUAUUACAACCUGAUGAUUCAUGUAGACCAGCACGAGGGCUCCUACGUGUCCAUCUGCAAACACUACCGGGCCAUCUAUGACACCCCCUGCAUCUUGGAGGACAGCAGCAAGUGGCAACAGGCCCUGAAGAGCGUGGUGCUGUACGUGAUUCUUUCCCCUUACGACAACGAGCAGUCAGACCUCGUGCACAGAAUCAGCGAGGACAAGAAACUGGAAGAAAUUCCUAAAUACAAGGACCUCCUGAAACAGUUCACCACUAUGGAGCUGAUGCGCUGGGCCGCCCUGGUGGAGGAUUAUGGGAAGGAGCUGAGAGAGGGCUCCCCUGACAGCCCUGCCACAGAAGUCUUCGAUUGUUCAGAAGAGGGGGAGAAGAGGUGGAAGGACCUGAAGAACAGAGUGGUGGAGCAUAACAUCAGAAUAAUGGCCAAAUAUUACACCCGAAUCACAAUGAAGAGGAUGGCUGGACUCCUGGACCUCUCUAUUGACGAAUCCGAGGAGUUCCUCUCCAGCCUAGUUGUAAACAAGACCAUCUAUGCCAAGGUCGACAGGCUGGCCGGCAUCAUCAACUUUCAGAGGCCUAAAGACCCCAACGACCUGCUCAACGACUGGUCGCACAAACUCAACUCCCUCAUGUCGCUGGUCACCAAGACCACACAUCUCAUUGCCAAGGAGGAGAUGAUCCACAACCUGCAGUGAAACAAGAACAUAGUGUGUUAUUUUAUGUUUGGUUCAUAUUUGUUUUUCGUUUUUUUUUUCCUUCUGUGGGAAUGUUUUUGAAUAAACAGUACAUAAGUGGUCUUUGAA